CGGACCCAGGCUGUGGUGGGAGACAUGUUACAGCUUCGCUGCGAGGCCCAGAGAGGCUCUCCCCCAAUCAUGUACCGGUUUUAUCACGAGAAUGUUACUCUGGGGAGCAGCUCAGCCCCCUAUGAAGGAGAGGCAUCCAUCAACCUCUAUCUGACUGCAGAACAUUCUGGAAACUACUUCUGUGAGGCUGACAAUGGCCUGGGGCCCCAGCGCAGUGAGGUGGUGACACUCAAAGUCACAGUUCCAGCGUCUCGCCCCAUCCUCACCAUCAGGGCGCCCCAGGCCCAGGCUAUGGUGGGGGACACGGUGGAGCUUCGCUGUGAGGCCCUGAAAGGCUCUCCCCCUGUCCUGUACCAGUUUUAUCAUGAGGAUUUUACCCUGGGGAAUAGUUCAGCCCCCUCUGGAGGAGGAGCAUCCAUCAACCUCUCUCUGACUGAAGAACAUUCUGGAAACUACUCCUGUGAGGCCAACAAUGGCCUGGGAGCUCAACGCAGUGAGGUGGUGACACUCAUCUUCACAG